AUGGCGGAGGCAGACUGCCUGGACCCUGAAUGUCACAACGACCCCGGGCAGAGAGAUACAACGCCCCUGCACACAGACACAGAUACUCGAUGUGGCACUGACUGCCUUGUUGUUUUUGUCUCCAAAGUGAGAGGUCGUGGAUCUGCAGCAGUUGGGCCACUAGCCCAGCCACAGGGGCGCCAGAACUCACAAAGUACAGCUGAAGGAACGCCGGAAAUCAUGCGAGGCGCCCAAUCACGUGACCCACAUCCACAACAAGGCGCCCAAUCACGUGACCCACAUCCACAACAAGGCGCCCAAUCACGUGAUCCUCAGCCCCAACAAGGCGCCCAAUCACGUGACCCACAUCCACAAGGUGCCCAAUCACGUGACCCACAUCCACAAGGUGCCCAAUCACGUGACUCACAUCCACAACAAGGCGCCCAAUCACGUGAACCACAUCCACAACAAGGCGCCCAAUCACGUGAUCCUCAGCCCCAACAAGGCGCCCAAUCACGUGACCCACAUCCACAAGGUGCCCAAUCACGUGACCCACAUCCACAAGGUGCCCAAUCACGUGACUCACAUCCACAACAAGGCGCCCAAUCACGUGAACCACAUCCACAACAAGGCGCCCAAUCACGUGAUCCUCAGCCCCAACAAGGCGCGCGGGACAUCAACAACAACAUCAACAACCAAAACUGGCCAGAAUUCACUCUGGGCCAUGCAACCGGUUCCCCGGCCGUCCUUCUCUGCCUCUGUUUGAUGUGGUACGACAAAGACUUUGUGAGUGUCACCAACUCUCUGGUGUCACACGGCCACUUCCGAUACAGUAAGAUUAUGCAAGAGGAAAAUUCCUCUGUUCGAAAGCACAUUGACAUGUAUACACUGCUUGAGCUAUUUUACGUCUCCAUUGACAGAACGUAG